GCGGAGAGGGGCGGCUAGCAGAGCAACGGCGAUCCCCGCCGGCGCGGACGGGGACGACGCCCCUGCCCGGAGCCCGCGUGCCCCGGGCCGCCCUCGAGGGCUGGGAGCGGCGCCCUGCGGCCUCCGCUGCAGGCCUUGUCUCUGCUGGGACCUUCCGAGGACCCGAGGACCUGAAAGCACGCCCGUGGACGCCAUGCGGGGGGCUCUGACGCCCCUGCCUUCACUCUCGCCACCUCUGCUGCUGCUGCUGCUGCUGCUGCUGCUGCUGCUGGGGUGCUGGCCGAGGGCGGCCGCCGGUGGUGGGGCCGCCGGGGCAGCGGGCUACGCGCCGGUGCAGUACGUGCAGCCCAUGCACAAAGGACCGGUGGGGCCGCCCUUCCGCGAGGGCAAGGGCCAGUACCUGGAAAUGCCUCUGCCGCUGCUGCCGAUGGACCUGAAGGGGGAGCCUGGCCCCCCUGGGAAGCCCGGACCUCGGGGUCCCCCUGGCCCUCCUGGCUUCCCAGGAAAACCAGGCACCGGAAAACCAGGGCUACAUGGGCAGCCUGGCCCCGCUGGCCCACCUGGCUUCUCCCGGAUGGGCAAGGCUGGUCCCCCAGGGCUCCCAGGCAAGGUUGGACCCCCAGGGCAGCCAGGGCUUCGGGGGGAGCCAGGGAUACGAGGGGACCAGGGCCUCCGGGGGCCCCCAGGACCUCCUGGCCUACCUGGGCCCUCAGGCAUUGCUGUCCCUGGAAAACCAGGCCCCCAGGGGGUGCCAGGACCCCCAGGAUUUGGGGGGGAGCCAGGGCCUCAGGGAGAGCCUGGGCCUCCGGGUGAUCGAGGCCUCAAGGGGGAAAAUGGAGUGGGUCAGCCAGGGCUACCUGGAGCCCCAGGGCAGGGGGGUGCCCCUGGGCCCCCUGGCCUCCCUGGUCCAGCUGGUUUAGGCAAACCAGGUUUGGAUGGGCUUCCUGGGGCCCCUGGAGAUAAGGGUGAGUCAGGCCCUCCUGGGGUGCCUGGACCCAGGGGGGAGCCAGGGGCUUUGGGCCCCAAGGGGCCCCCUGGGGUGGAUGGUGUGGGGGUACCAGGGUCAGCAGGGGUGCCAGGGCCACAGGGCCCAGCAGGGGCUAAAGGGGAGCCAGGGACCCGGGGCCCCCCUGGCCUGAUAGGCCCCACUGGCUAUGGCAUGCCAGGGCUGCCAGGUCCCAAGGGGGACAGGGGCCCAGCUGGGGUCCCAGGGCUCUUGGGGGACAGAGGUGAGCCAGGUGAGGAUGGGGAGCCAGGGGAGCAGGGCCCACAGGGACUUGGGGGGCCGCCUGGACUUCCAGGGGCUGCAGGGCUCCCUGGCAGACGUGGGCCCCCUGGGCCUAAGGGGGAGGCAGGGCCUGGAGGACCCCCAGGAGUGCCUGGCAUUCGGGGGGACCAGGGGCCUAGUGGCCUGGCUGGGAAACCUGGGCUCCCGGGAGAGAGGGGGCUUCCAGGGGCCCAUGGACCCCCUGGACCAACUGGGCCCAAAGGUGAGCCAGGUUUCACAGGCCGCCCUGGAGGACCAGGGGUGGCAGGAGCCCUGGGGCAGAAGGGUGACUUGGGGCUCCCUGGGCAGCCUGGCCUGAGAGGCCCUUCAGGAAUCCCAGGACUCCAGGGCCCAGCUGGCCCUAUCGGGCCUCAGGGUCUGCCAGGCCUGAAGGGUGAACCAGGCCUGCCAGGGCCCCCUGGGGAGGGGAAGGUCGGGGAACCUGGCGUGGCUGGGCCCACAGGGCCCCCCGGGGUCCCUGGUUCUCCAGGACUCACGGGCCCUCCUGGGCCUCCCGGGCCUCCUGGCCCCCCUGGUGCCCCUGGGGCCUUCGAUGAGACGGGCAUUGCCGGCUUGCACCUGCCCAACGGUGGCGUGGAGGGAGCUGUGCUGGGCAAGGGGGUCAAGCCACAGUUUGGGCUGGGGGAGCUGUCAGCCCAUACCACGCCCGCCUUCACCGCUGUGCUCACGUCGCCCUUCCCUGCCUCGGGCAUGCCCGUUAAGUUUGACCGGACUCUCUACAACGGGCACAGUGGCUACAACCCAGCCACGGGCAUCUUCACCUGCCCCGUGGGUGGGGUCUACUACUUUGCUUACCACGUACACGUCAAGGGCACCAAUGUGUGGGUGGCCCUGUACAAGAACAACGUGCCCGCCACCUACACCUAUGACGAGUACAAGAAGGGCUACCUGGACCAGGCGUCCGGCGGGGCUGUGCUGCAGCUGCGGCCCAAUGACCAGGUCUGGGUGCAGAUGCCCUCGGACCAGGCCAACGGCCUCUACUCCACCGAGUACAUCCACUCCUCCUUUUCAGGAUUCUUGCUGUGCCCCACAUAACCCGUGGGGACCCUGCUGCCCUGGCCUCCUCCUCUUUAGUGGUAGAGAGACCUUCUCACUUACAGAGCACCUCCAUUUAAAGAAAAAAACCAAAGGCUCCACAGAGGUGGGAACAGAGGCGGCCGUGGCCUUGGCCCGAGGAGACUGACUGGGCUUCUCCCUCCACGCCAGCUGAGGUGGUUUCUGAAAGAAGCUGUCCUGAGUUCCUCUCCCCCAAGCGGCCGUGCGGUGUCGGGGGUGCACCCCCAUUCCUGCCCUCCUUGGCCUGCAGGCUGGGCCCCAGGACACUCGGCCCAGCUGUCAGAGACCCCUGCCCCCUUGUGAGUCCUGGGCUCUGCUGGGUGGGGAAGGAUGCUGCUUUUCUGUGGGUCAGAGCUGAGAGGGGACUGAGAUGCCUGACACGUUCCCAGGUCUGACGUUCCCAAGCCCCACCCUUCCUGCUGGCCCCAGAUGGCACCUGCUCAAAGAAUGGGGCGGGGCCUCCCUCAUUUCUUGCUGGGGCCCUUCCAGCUGCCCUGCCAUCUCUAGCAUAAGAUGGUGGGUCCCCUGAAGAGGUUUUGUUUCUCUCUGGGGGUAAAGGAGAGGAGGGGGACCAUCCAGGUGGCCAGCUGGGACGCCCCGUCAGGACGGCAACCCUAACUGGUGCUGUGGCAUCAGGCCUGUCCCUGGCGGGUACAGGUGCGUGGCGCCCCCUGCAGGCUCUUGGGCAUUGCCGCUCCCUUUCACUGCUCGGGAGUGUCUCCAGGACGCCCCCACCGGCUCCGGCUCUGUUUAGUAUGAGGGCAGCCACCCAGGCCCCUGGGAAGCGCCACCAGCGGGCAUGGCGAUCAGCAAACAUGAAUACUCCUUCCUUUCCUUCCACCUGCUGGGGGAUGGCUGAGUUUCUUAGACAAAAUUGUAAGGGAUCCUUGCCGCCCCCACCCCCAGCAUCCUCAAGGCAGAGAGCUUCUUGUUUGCCCUCAGAACAAGGUGCACACAAGCUUGGGGAUGCAGGCAAGCGCCUGCUUUUCCUUAAUAAGAACCAUAUGGUGGGUGGGUGUCGCCUAGAGGGGUUAAUCUUUGGGGGCUCCCUCUCCUCCACCCUCUGGUUCCCAUUUCCUGUCCUAAGCAGGAUGAGGGCCCAGGAGGCUGAGGCCCUGAGAAAAAGGGUGCCAGCGGGCUCCCGUGGAAGGAGUUGGCCUAGGAUGUUUCUGCCAUUUUCCCCAAUCAGAGCUCCCUCCCACCCCUUCCGCAGGAAACCGGCAAAACUCCCUCCCGUGCCCCUCAGCCCCUAGUUCAAGCUGAGCGGAUACAGCUGGGAUGAGGGCCAGGCAUGGACCUGGGUCAGCCAAUGGCACCUGCUCCAGUUCUGACUCAUGCCAGCCUGCCCACGGGGAGGCUGGAGGCUGACCACUGACUUCUGACUUGUUACACUGUGGCUCCCUCAGGCCGUUUGACUGCUCCCUUUAACUUUCGAAAGAAGAAAUGAAAACCCACAUCUGCCCAAGUGGCACUUUUGAACAGGUUUGGGCUGGGGUUCCUUAUUCACCAGCACCCACGAAAACUAAGUUGCAAACCAUACCUCGUGGGACCAUCUGCUCAGCCUCCUUCUUGGGUCAAAGCUACCGCCACCCGACCUGUUGGGGAGGGUUCCGAUGGACCAAAGUCCAUCAGCUCCCAGUGGAAGCCCAGGGCCCUGAGGAGGGUUUGGGGAGCCAAAAAAAAAGGACUGUUCCAUAGAACUGAGCUUCUGCUAAACGUCUUUUCUGAAGCCUUCGGGGAGAGGUGGGUGAUGUUUCUGAAAUACUUAUGGGAUUUUGGUUCCAGGUAUCCCCUUAACUGACUAGCUUUGAUAAAUGAUGUUGAGUUUUCACAAUGAAAACCACAUACCUUGUGCAUUUUUAUAUUCUGAUUCCUCAAUUUUUGAAAAAAGAUUAAGGUUUAAAUGUUUUCCACUAGUAACUUCAUUUUUAACUUGACAUAGGAAGCGUAGUCCUCUAAUACCUAUUAUGUGCCCUGUGCCGCAGAAGAUUCAGGAAAAAUGCACUUGGGAGUCAAAGAAAAUGGGACUUCUUGAAAAGAAAAACAACAGAAUUGACUGUAUUGACACACUCUCAAUAAAACCUGUUGUAUAAACA